GAGGAGAGAACCUCAUGUUGAGGAAACGAAACUUAACAUUCAUAGAAACCAAAGCCACCUAAUGUGGAAGCAGUUCUCUCUUUUAGGCGAGAAAUUAAAACGCAUUUCAGAACAAAUAGUCGGAGAGACAGUAACAACUAGGAAUGGCCUGUGCUAACACUGCCUGGUCUGAAGAGAACUUUUCAUGUUCCAUCUGUCUGGAUGUGUUCAACAGUCCAGUUACCACCGCAUGUGGACACAACUUCUGCAGAACCUGUAUUACAAAGUUCUGGGAUGACCAAGUCCAGUACAAAUGUCCUGUUUGCAACAAGCAUUUCAACACAAGACCUGAUUUACGGGUCAAUACCUUCUUAUCAGAGCUGGCUGCUCAGUUUCGAACGUCUGUACAAGUAAAAGAGCAGCCUUCUGUUGAAACAGCAGAAGUUCCCUGUGACGUCUGUACUGGGACCCAGCAGAAGGCUGUGAAGUCCUGCCUAAUGUGUUUUACCUCUUUCUGCCAAACCCACCUGGAGCCACAUCAGAGAGUCGCUCGCCUGCAGAAACAUCGGCUGGUCGAGCCAAUGGACCGUCUGGAAGACAGGAUGUGUAAGAACCACGACCGACUUCUGGAGCUCUUCUGCCAGACCGAACAGGUGUGUGUGUGUCUGUUGUGCACAGUGACAGACCACAAGUUCCAUCCUGUUGUACCUCUAAAGGAGGAAUAUGAAGUGAAGAAAGCCCAGCUGGGGAAGAGAGGGGCUGAAGUUCCGCAGAUGAUAGAGGAGAGAAAACAAAAGAUUAAGGAGAUCAAAGACACAGUGGAACUGAGCAACAAAGACGCAGACAGAGAGAUAGCCCAUGGUGGGCAGGUCUUCACUGCUCUGAUAGGCUGUGUUGAAAAGGGCCGGGAUGAAUUCAACCAAACGGUUCAAGAGAAACUGAAAUCCACAGUGAAACGAGCUGAAGACCUCAUCAAAGAGCUGGAGCAGGAAAUAGAAGAUCUGACCAAUAGAAGCUCAGAGGUGAAGCGGCUCUCACACACUGAAGACCACCUCCACUUCCUCCAGACCUUCAGAUCCCUGAAGGAUCCUCCACCCACCAGGGACUGGACCACGGUGGAGGUCCGUCCUCCGUCAUACGUAGGGACCUUGAGGAGAUCCCUGGACCAGCUGGAGGACACACUGAACAUGGAGAUGAAGAAGCUGCGUGAUGCUGAACUGAAGAGGGUCCAGCAGUAUGAAGUAGAUGUGACUCUGGAUCCUGAUACAGCUCAUCCCAGUCUCGUCCUGUCUGAGGAUUGGAAACAAGUCCAUCAUGGAGGUGUGAGGAAGAUACUCCCAGACAACCCUAAGAGAUUUACACAGUAUACAUUUGUUCUCACGAGGCAGAGCUUCUCCUCAGGGAGAUUUUACUUUGAGGUCCAGGUUAAAGACAAGACUGAAUGGUGUUUAGGAGUGGCCAGAGAGUCCAUCGACAGAAACGAUUGGACAGAGUGUACCCCUGAGAUGGGUUACUGGACUCUGGACUACGACAAUGAUGGGUUGGUAUUUAAUGAUGACCCUUCUGCCCGUCUCCGUCUGAGAGCUGAGCUCCAGAAGGUGGGGGUGUUUGUUGAUUAUGAUGAGGGUCUGGUCUCCUUCUAUGAUGUGGAAGCCAGGGUUCAUCUCUACUCUGCUACUGGCUGCACCUUCACUGAGCCUCUCUGUCUAAUCCUCGAUCCAACUUCAUAUGAAGUAGGUACAAACUCUGCCCCCCUGAUCAUCUCACCUGUCAAUCAAACAGACUAGAACCUUUGUUUGAUAAUAAAAUAAUCAAACGACCAAAACAACUAAUGUUGUUUCCUGAAUUAGAAUUGAAUUAGAAUCUCUACUAUGUGAAACCUGAGAGAUCUGCAUUAAUGUCAUACUGCUGUCCUGAAUUAGAAUAGAAUUAGAAUCUCUACUAUGUGAAACCUGAUAGAUCUGCAUUAAUGUCAUACUGCUAUCAUUGAACCAGGAGAAUAUUUUUUAAGAAUUAACCCUGCAGUUGUGUAAUAUAUAAACCUUUGUAAAGGGUUAUAUUACACUCGAUUUAGGUGUCUGUUUUCCCUUUAUUUAUUUUUACACGCUUAAAGAUAUACAAUUUUGUGCAGUUAUGUAGAACAUGUUCAGAGGAUUAACAUGCAUAAAUAAUAUAUAUAUAUAUUUUUUUUUAAUUUCUAUUGUUUUUAACUUCUGAAUAUUGAAUAACAAAACAAUUCAAUGUUCUUACACUUGUGAUUUUGAUAACAAGAAAAUGCAAAUAUUGCAAUGUGUAGGCCUACAUUAUAAUUGUAAUGGAUCAUUUCAGGGGAACAGAUACAUUCCAGUCCAAUAGUGUUCAGUAUAAAUACUGUAUCGUCAAUAAAAAGUGUAAUACAAAAAAUAAAAUUGUUUAUUUCUAUACCCCUU